GAGAACAGACUUGGGCUUAGACUGCCAGAGGAUCUGUACCGGGGGAAAAAACGGACUCUUACCAUUCGAGAAAGUCGAUUUUAUUGUCUAAAAUUAUUUUCCCCCCCUGUUUAGGUAUUUCAGUUGAAAAGCCCGUGGUCCGGUUCCCGUCUAGCGGACGGAGGCAGGUGUUCGGUUCGCGCUCUCCGCGCCGCUCGAGCUGUUCUGCACGGAGACGCAGAACAUUCAUCACCGCGAGACAUGACUCGCGCCCGCUCUCCAACCGUCGCUUCGCUGCUUGUUGUUUAAAGUAACUUUUCUGCAUAAAAAAAACCCUGAACAAAUAACCGAUUUAUAUUGUAAGGUUGUUUUAGGAAGAAGCGAAGACACUGUGGCGUUUUAUCGGAACAUUUCCAGCUGCCCUGUCGACUUGUUAAAGAUGUAAAAAAGGAGGUUCACAGCUGAAACUGUGUCGCAGUGUGUUGUCCCUGUGCUAAGCUAACCGCUGUGUGGGUUUUGGUUGUUUAAUACGGACUGACUAGCCUUCUCACAACCGAACUGCUCCGUUUCACCUGGUUUUGUUGGAGAAAUUCGGGAUUGAAUGUAACUAACGGAAGGUGUGUUUCUUGUUGUUAACCUGUUGGCUGGUUCCUGCCUGCGUUGUAACCCGAGACAAGCGGCAAGCCCCAGCGGACCGGAAAAAGAGGGAGGGAAGGAGGGAGAGAGAGGUGGAGAGUUACCGCUGCAUUUAUCCUCUCUGGCUACAUUUUACCCCGCUGAAUGGUUAAUUCAUAGUUAACCUGAAUAUUUAACUAGAGGUUUUCUGAAGCCCACAGUGAUACUUCAUAACAAACCUGGACUCGGUUCGGGAGCCCUGCACCCAGACUAACUGGUGAAUUCGCCUGGAUCGAUAGCAAAUGGUUUACAAAUAGAUUUUUUUCUAAAUCACACAAUAAGCAAGCCCGAAUGGAUCAUUUAUGCGCUUUAUUGCCCACCAUUAAUUCCGUCUAAACAUCCACAUGAUCUGCUAGACAAAUCCCCGCUGAAGACAUCACAACAAGCAGGGAUUUAUCGGGGCCGUAGCCCGACUUGCUGAUAUAAUCGGAUCAAUCCAAAUCCCACUCUCAGAUGUAUUAAUUCUGCUCCUGCAGCAUCACUGGUAAUGAACAUGAGAUAUCACAGGAGACAGAAACCUACCGAGCCCCGGAGAGGCGAGGACUUUAUUAAAGGCAAACCGAGAGGCCAAGCUGCCAGGACCGGGAAGGAGCUGAUCGUGUCACUGGUUGAGUUGUUGAUCCGCCCGGGCACCACGGGACGCGAGGGAAUUGUCACCGGUGACGGUUGGAGGGACUCUGAUUCAGCGACCCACGGGGAGGAGACACCCACCCCAGAGCGCCUGUUAGCCGGCCAGUCCUCCAGGGAGAAGCCGGUGAAGGAGACGCACUGUGGAGCAGGUGGAAGCCCUUCAUCUCACAUUUCUCUCCCUUCUCCUCCUCUCCGUUUCCCUCGCGCUCAGCGCACCGGAGGAGGCUCCAACAGCAUCAAAGCGCAACCGGAGACUACUUCCAUUAACCCGACCAAACCCAGCCGUGGAGUCCCCGUGGAUCACCUCUCCAAUAUGAAGCCUCUCCAUUCUAAUGGAAUUACGCGCAACGGUCGCGCCGCCGUGGGAGCUGUUCCGCCCGGGGCGACAUGGAUCAUGAUGCCGCCCAGGGUGACCCGCGGCCCAACAGAGAGAGGGAUGAAGCUGGGACUGUGGAGCUUCAGCUGGAGCUGGUGGUUUCUCUUCCUGCUCAUCCUCAGCGGCUGGAUACACAUGUUGAAUGCACAAGAUGUAGCUCCAUAUUUCCGUGUGACUCCGGGCCAGGUCCAGACCCAUCUAGAGGGUAACAGGCUGGUACUGACCUGUCUGGCUGAAGGCUCCUGGCCUCUACAGUACCGAUGGAUCCUCAACAACACAGACAUCACACACUUCUCUCCACUAUACACGUAUGUUAUCCCAGAGGUCAGGAGGUCAGAUGCUGGGGUGUAUCAGUGUGUGGUCAGGAACAGAAUGGGAGCCCUGUUACAGAGGAGAGCUGAGUUGCAGGUCGCCUUCAUGGGUAUCUUUUCUGGUGAGCAGCAGCGUCGUACGGUCAGUGUUGGUCGAGCUGCGGUCCUGAACACUCCAACCGUCAGCUGCUUCCCGAGACCGCAGGUCACCUGGUACAGAGACGGUCACAAGAUAAUCCCCAGCAACAGAGUAGCCGUCUCAUUGGACAAUCAGCUGGUUGUCUUGUCGGCCAGGGCGGAUGACGUGGGGAGGUACUACGUACAGGCGGUAAACGAGCUGACUGGACAGAACCGCACCUCUCCCUCUGUCUACCUCAGCAUGGCUGACCCUGAUGCUCUGGUUGUCCCCGUGGCUCCGGUCAUUGUGAUUGGUCCGAAGAAUAUGUCUGUCGUGGCAGGGAGGGAAACUACACUGGAGUGUAUUGCCAACGCCAGGCCGGUGGAGAGGCUGGUGUUGUCGUGGAAACGUAAUGGGCGUCGACUGGCCAGUGGAGUGGGCGUGUUUGGGCGUCGCCUGACCCUCUCUAGCCCAUCCCUCUCAGACGGGGGCGUGUACGUGUGUGAGGCGUCGCUUCUUAACUCCACCACCAGACCCACCGAGGCCCGGGCCCAUCUCACUGUCCUGGAGCCUCCAUACUUCACUGCUGAACCCAGACUGAAGACUGUAGCAGCGGUGGACAGGAACGUCGACUUACACUGUCAGGCCAAGGGAGUCCCCUCGGCCCGUAUAGACUGGUAUAAAGACGCGGUGCCCGUAUCCAAGCUGGCCAACCCUCGCUACAAGGUUACUGCGGCAACAGGUCUAACUGUGCGGAGAGUCCAACCAGGAGAUGCCGGAAUGUUCCAGUGUUUCGCUCGGAACGCUGCCGGAGAGACACAGACACACACACAGCUGGUGGUUACUAGUGUCACCCCCUCCUUCUCCCUCCUCCCCUCUGAUCUCACCGUUACCGACGGCAACUCGGCUGUGCUCACCUGCGAGACCACUGGAGCCCCCAAACCUGCUGUCAGCUGGAGGAGAGGUUCCCUGCUCCUGGCCAGUGGGACGGUCCAGAUUCCCAGGUUCACCUUGCUGGAGUCAGGUGGUCUGCUGGUUGAGCCAAUCAGGAUGGAAGAUUCUGGCGACUACACCUGUACUGCCACUAGCGCAGACGGAUCCAUCAACGCUACUGCUACUCUCACUGUCUGGAUUCGUACAUUUAUCUCCGUCCCGCCGGUGGACCAGAGGGUCAUCAAGGGAACCACGGCAACCCUGGACUGUAACGCUACACACGACCCCAGGGUCAACAUCAGUUUCCAGUGGCAGCGUGGUGCAGUACCCCUCCAGUCCACCGGGGGCAGAGUGUCUAUAUUGUCUGGUUCUCUGACCAUCAGCCAGACUUGGUCAGGCGACAUAGGAGACUACACCUGUACUGUAACAUCACAGGCCGGGAACCAAUCACACUCCGCACGCCUUGAAGUCAUUGAGCUCCCCCACUCCCCCAGGUCUCUUUCUGUGUCUCUGAAUGAUUCAGACAGCCGUUCAGUUCUUCUCUCCUGGGUCAGACCCUUCGAUGGAAACUCUCCUCUUCUACACUACAUACUGGAGCUGUCUGAGAACAACUCUCCAUGGAAGGUGUACACGUCGGAGGUGGGGCCUGCUGUGACACAGGUGACGGUGGGCGGACUCACCCCUGCCAGGACCUAUCAGUUCAGACUCUGCGCUGUCAAUCAAGUGGGCCGCGGCCAAUACAGCGGCGAGACACAGAGAUUGAUGCUGAGAGAGGAGGCUCCCAGUGCUCCUCCUAAGAACAUGGUAGCGUCGGGUCGGACCAACCAGUCUAUCAUGGUCCAGUGGCAGCCUCCCCCAGAACCACAGCUCAAUGGAGUGCUCCGAGGAUACGUACUCAGGUAUCGUCUGGCAGGUCUACCAGGAGAGUACCAAGAGAAGAAUAUCUCUAGUCCAGAGACUAACUACUGUCUACUAUCAGACCUCAUUAUCUGGACUCAGUAUCAGAUACAACUGGCUGCUUACACUGCUGCAGGCCUCGGGGAAUAUAGUACUGUUGUUACUGAGUACACACUACAGGGAGUCCCCACAGCGCCCCCUCAGGCUGUAGAGGUAACAGCAGUCAGCUCCUCCACGAUCAGAUUCACCUGGAACCCUCCGCCUCAGCAGUUCAUCAACGGGAUCAACCAGGGAUACAAGUUGCUAGUCUGGCCGGAGCACUCCCCCGAAGCUGUAACCAUAGUGACCAUCACCCCCGACUACCCCGGUUCCCGCCUCACCGGAUUGGUAUUUGGACUCAUGAAGUACACCUGGUAUUUAGGCUCCGCCCUCUGCUUCACCACGCCUGGCGAUGGACCCAAGAGCCCUCCCAUACUGCUACAGACACACGAAGACACACCAGGUCCGGUGGGUCACUUGAGCUUCACUGAGAUCCUGGACACGUCUCUGAGAGUGAGCUGGGCAGAGCCUAAAGACAAGAACGGCAUCAUCACAGGUUAUGUGAUAUUGUGGUGUGUUUCGGGGUCAGGGUCGGGGGUCAAUGCGUCCUGUGAGGAGCGACCUCUCUCUAACUCUACCCUGCAAUACAAGGUCACCAGCUUGACCUCUAUGACAUCAUACACCCUGGAGGUCGCUGCCAUGACAGCGGCAGGAAGAGGCGUGGCCACCACCUCCACCAUCUCCUCUGGAGUCCCGCCAGAGCUUCCUGGUGUGCCUUCUAACCUGGUCAUCUCCAACAUCAGCCCUCGCUCCGCCACACUAAGGUUCCGCCCCGGCAGCGAUGGGAAGACGGUCAUCUCCAAAUGGAUCGUAGAAGGACAGGUGGUGAGAGAGAGAGGUGGAGAUUGGGAUGGGAAGGAGGAGGAGUGGAGAGUCGUGUAUGAGAGAGAGAACAGAGAGAAGCAGCCUGAUGUAGACACACUGGAAAUACCAGACCUCCUCCCCUUCACACUGUACAGGUUCCGAUUGCGCCAGGAGAACAUUGUGGGUUCCAGUCCCUCUAGCACCCCCUCCAGGAUGAUUCAGACACUGCAGUCGGCCCCCGAUACACACCCCAACAACCUCACCCUGGUUACAGCUACACAGACCAGCCUCACACUGCGCUGGGCGCCGUUACCGGUAUCUGAGUAUAAUGGAAGUCCAGAGACGGUGGGUUACCGGGUGUGUGUCCGGCGGGCAAAUGGCCGGGGAGAGGAGAGGCUGGAGGAGGUUAGUGGUCAGCAAAGCGAGACGAUGCUGGAGGGCCUGGCUGAAUGGACGGAGUACCAGUUGAAGAUACAAGCCUUUAACUCUAUAGGCGCUGGACCAUGGAGUACCACACUGACCACACACACCAAGGAGUCAGUGCCGUCUGGCAGUCCAGUGAAUGUGAGUGCAGAGGCGGUGAGUUCUACCAGGAUUUUGGUCACAUGGUCUCCUGUUCCCGAGAUGCAGAGAAACGGACCAAUCCUAGGUUACAAGGUGUUGUACGCGGUGAAGGAUUGUGUGGACCCCCCCUCAGUGUGGUCAGUCCCAGGAGAGAGGAGUGUAUCUGUCCUCCUAGGGGAGCUACUGAAGUACACAGUCUACCAGAUACAGCUGGUAGCAUUCACACAGCUAGGAGACGGACCACCUAGCCCCAAAACACACCACAGGACCAAGGACGACGUUCCAGGUCCCCCAGUGAGGCUGUUGUUUCCAGAGGUUAGUCUGACGUCUGUCAGGGUGGUGUGGCAGCCUCCUACUGACCCCAACGGGAUUAUCAUGGGUUAUCAGAUAGCGUACCGUCUGGAUGCUGGUGACCCCAUGCGGUUCACUACGGUGGAGGUGGGGUCGACCGCGCGUCAGUUUACAGUCAGCGGUUUGACCGGAGACCAGGCCUAUGUGUUCAAGUUGACCGCUAGGACCUCUCAGGGAUGGGGUAGAGCUGAGGAAGCUGUAGUUAUCACCACCGAACGCAGAGAGCGUCCCUCCCCCCCCAGGAAGUUGUCCGUCCCCCAGGGGGAGGUCCAGUCUCGUAGGCUCCGCCUCCACUGGGUUGCCGGGAUGACAGGCUCCUCCCCCCUACGGUACUACAGCCUGCAAACCAGAGAGCUUCCGACCGGAGACUGGACCAGUCACUCUGCUGAUAUACCACACAAUUAUACAGCCUGGACCGUAGAGAGACUGAAACCCUUCACGUCAUACAAGCUGAGGAUGCUGGCAACCAACGAUGUAGGAGACAGUAACUACAGCAAAGAGACGGAGACUGUUAUCACACUACAGGAUGUUCCUGAGGAGGCUCCAGUGAUAGUAUCAGUUAAGCCCUCUACUACUACCUCUGUUCUGGUGCAGUGGCAGCGUCCCAGUGAGGAGAGUGUUAACGGGGUGCUGGUUGGUUACCGGCUGUACUACCGGGAACUCCCGGUAAACUCCACCCCUAGUACGGUACCCCUGGAAGACAUGGCAACAGCCAACAACACCACCACACGUGGUGCUCACAUCACUGCUUUGACCAGCUUUAAGACAGUGAGCAGUGCUUCCUUAACAGAAUUUGAGUUAACACAGCUGAAGAAGUUUAAGUGUUAUGAGAUCGUCAUGACAACCUAUAACAUCGUAGGAGAGAGCCCACCCUCUGAGCCGGCCACUGUGUCAGUUGGAGAAGCAGCUCCCUCCUUGCCACCCCAGUCUAUCAGAGUGGUGCCUGUCUCUCCUACUGUACUGGAGGUGACCUGGGACCUCCCACCCCUACAUACACAGAAUGGACUCAUCCAGGGUUACAAGAUCCACUACUGGCAGGGUGACAGACAGAACCAGACAGAGAAGGUGACUGUUGUGUUUGUUCCUGACAUGCGUGUUCGUCUGGUCAACCUCACGUGUUACACAUCCUACCUCGUCACGCUGUCUGCCUUCAACGUGGCUGGAGACGGCCCGCCCAGCGAACCCCGGGGCGCCAAGACCCUACAGGCUGCCCCCAGCCAGCCUAGUUUCCUGUCGUUUUCGGAGGUGACAGGAUGGAGUGUCAACGUCUCCUGGGGGGCGCCCAGCGCUUCUAACGGGGUAGUGGAGGGGUACAGGGUGGUCUACCAACCCACACAGCCUGUACAGGGUGUGAGUCGGGUGGUGACGGUGGAUGUGAAGGGUAGCUGGCAGCGUUGGUUAAAGGUCAGAGACCUGACUAAAGGAGUAACCUACAGGUUCAGUGUCCAGGCCAGAACAGUCAGCUACGGACCUGCUGCACACUGUAACGUCACCUCACAACCUCUUCAGGGCACCCCUGGUUCGCCCAUGGAGAUGUCAGUCACCAAGUCCUCCUCGGCGCUGACCAUUCAUUGGUCGGAGGGAGACGCGGGGGCGGGACCUGUCAUAGGUUACAUCAUCGAGGCUCGUCCCUCAGAUGAAGGUAUGUGGGACUCGUUUGUCAGGCUCCUCCCCCCCAGCAGUAGGUCAGUAACCGUGGAGAUGGACCGUCUGAGGUCAGGGGUUGGAUAUGAGUUCCGUGUCAUCGCUGUCAAUCGCUACGGUUAUGGAGAACCCAGCACGCCAUCCACCGCGCUCGCUGCGCUGUGGGACCGUCCCUUCUAUGAGGAGUGGUGGUUCCUGUUGGUCCUGUCUCUGAUUGGUCUGAUCGUGGUCCUCAUGUUGGUGUUCAGCCUCCUGCUGCACGGACACAACCAGCAGUACAGGAGCUGCAGCUCAGGAAAGCAUGUGUCUACGGUGGAGGAGUCUGUAACCCUGGACAACGGAGGAUUCACAGCUCUGGAACUCAACAGCAGAACUCUGAACAACAAGAGCACCUUCCACAAGAAAAAUGGAACUAGGUCCCCUCCCAGGCCCAGUCCAGGCCUCCUCCACUACUCUGAUGAAGACCUGUGUGAUAACUACAACAAUGGAGCCAUCCUCACAGAGAGCACCACACUCACAGAGAAACCUACUGACAUCUCAGAGUCUGAGGUAACAGACAGUGACUGUGAGGAUGAUCAUCAUCCUAAACAUUCCUUUGUUAAUCACUACAUGUCAGAUCCCACCUACUAUAACAGCUGGAAGAGACAGCCUAAAGGCCUGAAGGGGUUAAGUCCACCGUAUGGCUACGAGGAGUGUUCCAGCGCUGACGGAGCAGAGCCCUACUACCAGACCGUGGUCACACAGCACAGCACAGGAGGAGUGUACACACCCACUGGGCUGCCCGCCCACACACACACACUCCCACACACACACACGCACACACACGCCAACCCCAAUACUAAUCCACCAGGCUCACGCACGCCCGUCACAGGGUUCUCAUCCUUUGUCUGACACGUGCACGUGCACACAUGCGCACACACACACACACACACGCUCACACACACAGAGGGCGGAGCGGGGGAGGUUUGGAGCCCACUACUGUGGUAGGACACAGGGAUGGAGGGAGAGGAGGAGGGAAUGAGA